AUGGCUGCACCAGUAAAUCGCAACAUUUUCUACAAAUACGAAGCCAUGAGAACAAAAUGGAGCCGAUGUUUCGAAGACGUAAAUCCGAGGGCCUCAGGAACGAUCAAAACCUUCUUCAACACCUUCCAUAAGAAUCACAGAGGUUUUACGUUCGUAGAGGGGGAGCUAUUCGAUGAAACCAUCUAUCUUCUCGUUUCACCUGAUCAGUACAAUCAAAUCAAGGAAGAAAUUGAAAAGAAAGUUGGGGACACCCUUCCGGAUGUUUCAAAGUCAAGGGACGUAACCAUCAAAGAUAGUGGCAAAUCAUUCCCGAAUCUUCAGUCGUUCAGGAAUUAUUCCAGCACCCUUAAUAAACAAAACAAAGAAGUUGAAAAGAGGUAAGAAAUAUUUCUUUAGUAUGUUUUGAAUACUAUUCUAUAAAGCUGCAAGCUCUAGUACACGUUUCAUUUAGUCCCCACGAUUCAGUUGAACGACUUAUCCUGGGCUUCUUUUGUCAACUCAAACUGUUCAUAUCAAUCGUUACUUUCUACCCAAAAUAACUGGCUGGCUAUGGAUAAAGUCGAGGUACUCCUCGUACAUUCAUCAUACGCAGAAAAGCCCUAAAAACUUAUAAAAUACGCCUUUGUUGUGCUGGACUUAAUACAUAAUUUAAAAAGUGCUAUUUCGAAGCUUUCUCCACAGUUUCUACGAUAUUUCGGCAUGCUAUAUGUUUCGAUUUCUCGUUAUUCGUUCGAUUAUUCUGUACGUCAAUGGUCUCGAGAAGACAAUGGGGAAAACGAAAGCAGAAACGUUCUUAGUCAUGAUCUAACGAAUCGCUAGGUUCUUUGAAGCCACUGGCGUGUUAUGUCGAAAUCACGGCUAACGUCGUUUUUUUGCAUAACCUGAGAUAGCGACCCAAUUUUAGCAACCAUCAUACAACACAUUCUCUCUAAGAUGGUCGCGAAACGAAAAUAUAGAGCCUGAUCUCAGGUUAAUCUCUUGGGUAUGCAAUUCGUCAGCAAAUGAAUUAUCGCUACAUAACCAUCACUACCUAAUUAUUAUGCAGUGUCGUGCGUAUAUGUUACGGAGUAGGAGUUUGGUUUAUAAAAUUAAAGGCAUUCCAUUUUACUGUGUCUAGCUCUACCUUCUGUAUCACAACGUUCUAACGAACUGUUAGUCACCUUACGACAUCGCAGGAUUAAGCCUGUAUAAAACCUUUUAGAGGAGUUUCAGGGAUAACUUCUAGUAUUGCAGGACGCCCCAUCAACACCAAAGGAGUCUUGUAUAAUUCACUUUUUACCUGCGUUUAAAUAAAACACGUAUGUAGUAAAUGAAACGAUACAUACCAUCAACGCUGGUAUCUCGACAAAUUCAAGUAACCUUCUAUUCUCUGAAACCUCGAGACCGUCAUGAAUAGAUGCUUACCUAUAGGACAAAGGCCUGUUCUUGAAUUAAACCAAUACAUGAAGGGUUGGAUAAAUGCAAAGAAACAAUAAAAAACAUUGGACUUUAUGACACUUUGUUUCUCAAAAAGUAAAGGACGUCGUCCAUCGCGGGAUAUCUAGGAAAAUUCCCAGACUUUCAGAGGGCCCAAAAGAAAUCCAGUAACCCGGGAAGAAUCAUCGAAUAAACUAAAUAAAUUCAAAGAGGCAUAUCAUAUACACGAACUUACAACACUUCGUUUCUCGCAAACUGAUUGAUGUCGUCUUUCGGAUUCUAGGAAACUGAUAGACAUGUGUUUUAUCUCCUUUCGAAAAAGUUCGAAAAUAAAGUUUUAUACAUGUAGAAGAUAAAAGAUAUAUGAUUAUAUGAUAUAUUAUAAGAACUUGCAAAAAGUUUGUUUCUAGGAAACUAUAUGACGUCAUUGAUCAAAAUUCUGGGAAAAGACGCGACAAACCCAGUUGAGCUUCAAUACUGGUUUUCUUAGAAAAAAACAAAGCGUCAUCAAGUGGAUUCUCGUAAAAAAAUUAUUGUUGCGAAUAAAUAGAUCACCGAAAAAAUGAAAUUUCCCUUUGCUGCCUAUUCUCGUUGACGAGUUCGUCGGCUGUUCGUUUGAAAUCAGUUUUUUUUUUCAGUCCUGUUAAAGGAACUGAUGUCAAAACUGAUUUCAAACAAACAGCCGACGAACUCGUCAACGAGAAAAACCUUGGUGUUGUAUACUAUAAACUUAGCUAUAUACAGGCAUAAAUAAGAAAAAACUCGAAAAUGUAAUAUUUUUCCUCAAAGAGGCACUUUCGCGGUCUAUGUAUAUGCGUUAUUGACCAAGCGUGAGGUCCACAUGGCUGGAUAUUGGCCAAGUCUUUUUUGCGUUUUUAUGGACCGAGUUCGUAGUUGUCUUCUGAGGUAAUUUUUUCCGAUGAGAUUGUGAGGGUAGCCCUCUAGUACGAAAGCUUGUGAAUUAACUGAGUAGUUUGUUCUAAAACUGUAAGGUCUUCCUUUCAUGAGACCUUUCUGAUCUUUUCUGGAGCUAAGUCAAGCGCGAAAUUUCUUAAGGUCCAAAGUGCACUUCCCAGAUCUGGAAGUCUGCUGUGAUUGGUCUACGUUUUUUUCCGCUCAAAUCAGCAGACGUGAGUGGGGCAGGAACGCGUGACGAACCCCCUAAGAACGCCUGCGGAGGAGGCUACGCGACGUUUGCAUUAGUUGAUCACGUGAUAAACUUUCUGCAAACACGAACACGCUUCGCUUUUGAAAAAUUUUGUUAGCACGAGCUGAGACACCAUAUUAAAAUUUGGUAACCUGUAAAUUCUCAACCUUAUAUCUCAAAAGUAGCGAUUGCAACGGCCUCCGAAAUUUAGAGGGAUUUUUAUGGGAAAACAACUUUUGCCACCCAGUCACGCUGCAAUGUUUCUCCAUCCAAAUCCUUGUAAAUUUUGAAAUUUUCAAACUGUUGUGAAAUUUUUCCUUAAGCAUUACUUGACUCAAAUCUCCUUUUUAUUCUUGACAGGCAAUUUGAGCCCUCAAAUGCGUAAGGGAAAGAUUUAACGAGAGUUUAAAAAUUUCAAAAUUUACAAGGAUUUGUACGGAAAACCACUCAAGCGUGACUGGGUGGCAAAAGUUGUUUUUCUCAUACAAAUCCUUCUAAUUCUCGGCGGCCGUUGCAAUCGCUUCUUUUGAGAUCUACGGCUGAAAAUGUACAGGUUACCUAAUUUUAAUAUGCUCUUUCAGUUUCUGCUAAUUUUCCGAAAACAAACUAUUUUCGUGUUUACAGAAAGUUGAUCACGUGACCAGACUAUUGCAAAAGGUCUAUUGUAGUUUUAUUAUUACUUCGGCGGAGCGCGAAGUAAAGGAUUCGCGACGCUCAGGAAUGUAUCAAAGUCGACUGUUUUUGACAAGAUUGGGCACGCAAAGUCUGUAGGUUUUCGGUUUUAUUCGGCUAUUUGACGAAGUGAGAGCCGAAUUAGUGCGAGAUAUCUCGAGAUCACUUUGAUUUCUUUGAUUUAUUCUUUAACUUUUUCGAGGAAGAAAGAAUUAUUUUUUUGGUUUCCCCGGGGUUUGAACCGACUCACCUGUGUGACCCGUCAGAUCAGUGGAGACUCUAAGUUGACGGAUUAGCCAAUUGCACUACUGCGACCCAAGGUAGUUCGGGAUAUGAAAAAUAGUUAUGAAAUGAUGCACUUAGUUUCGGGACAAGAUUGGGCGUGCAAGUUCGUGACUUUUCGGCUUGUUUCGGCUAUUUCACGAAAUGAGACCGGACUACUUCGUGAUAUCUUGAGAUCACUUCGAGUUUAGUCUUUAAUUUACUCGAGGAAUAAAUAGAGGAUAUUACGUGGCCGCGCAGAUACAAGAAACAAAGUUCUCUUCGAGUGUUGAAAAACAUUUCACCAUUGAGGCCUCCUUUCAAACUGUUUGAUGAUGAAUUUAAAGUUACAAAAUGCUGCACAAAGACAUUUUGUCUUUGUUGAGUGUUACGUGGUAAAACUGCUUUCAUGCGUUCCGUGACUUUCUCGAACGUUCUCUACGUUUUUGGAUUAUUCAUGAAUAAUUAAUUAUUCAUUUCAGCAUGAGUCAGCAGAUUUGCAUCAGUUACUGAAAUCAUAAAAUAUGUCGAAAAGCUACUACAAUCCCGCUCUGUUUUCAGUUCUUUCGGUGUCGUGUUGAUGUCUUGCAGAGUUAAUUUUCACGUAGUACGAUCAGCAUUGCAGUAUUCUGCUUGCAGAAUUUAAUAUGUCUACUAUUCGCCUGUUUAGUAUUUUCUAGAACCUUAUGUUAAACGGUAUACAAGUACGAAGCGGGUUGUUUUGACGAACUAAGUUUUUUCCCAAGAGAUGGACUGCUGUGAUAGUCAGGUGUGAUGAAGGCCGAUUUUCAAGUUCUGUGUUUACAAGUUGGCGGAAGCCGUAAGAUAUCUGAAGUUCAAGUAAGAGUUUGUUAUUAUUGGCAGAGGCUGUUUAGUUUUACUUAAGUUCAAGUCAAGUUUGUGUUGGCGGAUGCUGUGUUUUAAAGCUCUGUAAAGGCUAUGUUCCUUUCGCAUGCUCGCUGUUAACUUUUUCUCUCAUUUGCAUUUUCACGAUCGACGUUUAUGAAUAGGCGCGUUUCUGUAAUGCCCUGCGUGCUGAUAGUCAGUGAAUAAUUAUCUUCAAAACAUUCGAACUCGUAACAUUGAGUUUUAACCAAUUCCAUGCUCAACGUAAUUGACUCCUUACCCAUGCCUUACCUAUCUUAACUCGGUAUAUGAGACUGCUAUGGUGUUUUUGAAACCUGAUAUUACUAAGAAAAAUAGGGAAUUCUUUUUUCACUGUUUGAUUUGUUAGACUUGUUAUUCACUGCCAGCAACCUCAUAUUUGACUUAGGUUUAAGCGUUUAGACCCAAGUCAAAUUUAGAAGGAUUUGUAUGGAGUAAUCAGAGCAUAAAAGGACUAGUCACUCAGAGAUUAUUUGUCCCGAACUGCUAGUUUUUGGCAAGUAGGCCUCUUGGAUGUUGCUCUUUUCAGAAUAUCCUGACAAAUCCCAUAAUUUCACAAAUUAGCAUCUUAUAUUACUCUUACCAUAUUUCUUUUCUUACUAUUCCUCCGCAUUUACAAUUAAUCAGUUCCCCAACCACGACGCCGAAGUGUACGCUCCGUAGCGUCUUGUUGUAGUCAAUAAAAGAUUCAGUUACAUCGUCAAAACGGAAGCGUGCUCUCGCGAGAGCAACGCGGGAAAUCCCGCUCGGGUAGCCAAUCAGACCACAGCUUCGCUUCAUCUUGCUGCUCGCAGAUUCAGCCAUAAAAAAUAAUUAGGGAAAUUGAAACAAACAGCAAUGUAUGAAAGCUCUAUCAAAUUGAUUACAAGACUGGAGUUACGAUAGCUACCCUUCGGGACCAAAUCCUAAUCAACAUUUGCGAACUAUUCGAAUUCCAGCGAGACAAAAUGAACAAAAACCGGCUCAGACUCGUUCUCAACAGCGAGAGUACGCUUUCUAUAAAACGUUUGACAUCUUACCAGGGUCUUUAUUUUGCGUGUAUUAGUGAGAUAAUAAACGUCUCUUGAGUGUUUUCAAAGUUACACGUUAAUGGAGUUGUCUAGAUAGACUAUUUAAAGGUAUUCUACGAUUAAAAGCGUUUAGAUUUAAAAGCGACGUCAAGUUCUUUGGUUUGUCAGUUUCAAGUUGUGCUAUUACUGCAAAUGGUUCAAAGUAUUCAAGAACUCUUUCUCUCGCUCCAAUAGACAAUUUUACAGUUGUGUGCUCAGUGCCCUGGCCUUUGGAUAGAAGCGAGGUUGGGGGUGACCUUGUUUUAUUACAAACCUUCUUGUUUUUCAUAAUAUGUAAAUGAUCUUGUUCACGGGCUUGAUAGACUGAGAAUACCAAGAUUUGCACGUGAAAAGCAGGAAGGUUUGUAACAAAACAAGGUCACCGCCAGCCUCGCUUCUAUUUAAAGGCCAGGGCACUGAGCACACAACUGUAAAAUGGCUAGCCUGCGAGCAAGCUCUCCUAUUUGGGCAAGCGAAGCAAGCCUCGCGACAACGCGCGAGCGAGUUCGAUUACGGUUACUGCAGGGAUGCACUACCAUAAAGCAUGAUCUUCAAUACCAUAAAGCAUGAACAAACUUAACGAUGGACCAAUUGACGUUUGGUGGGCAAUUGCAAAAAAAGAAAAUAAUCAGCGCCAAAACAGCAGUUUGCACUAACAAAUAAAAAUAACUAUAAUAAUAUAUUUUUCCUUAAAUAAGUUCUUCACAAAAGAGCACGUGCCCGCAGGUAGCUAGUGUUAGUCUUGGCGGCCGGGCCAAUUCGAAUUCACUCUAAGAUAAGAAGCCCACAGUAGACACGUGCUCCGAAGAGGGAGCCUUCUGAUCAACUUUUGCACACGAAUUUCAGGAGGAAAGAGGAGGCAAGAAAGAACGUGGUUGAACUGCAAAGGACCAUAAGAAAAAAUCCAAAAGCACUGAUUUUGUCGUUUGACUUGGAGGCUUACGAACAUGACCACAGCAUUAUUCUUGAGAUAGGCUACGCUAUGACAACCUUGGACAACCAAGAAGAUGUACAGACGUUCCACUACAUCAUCCAAGAAAAUCUUAGGUAUGUAAGCAACUUGGCGGGUUUUGACUUAUGAACGUCAAAUUUCACAGAAUUACAUCUUACACAUGAAAUUUUCAGAAUUUUACCUAUGUAAUCACAAUUCUUGAGAAAUUUGACAUUCAUUUUCUCGAGCUUCCAUGAGAAAUUUUCUUUGGUGUUACCACAGAUGAUUUAUUACAUCUUAAGCCCUUUAAAAAAAUUUAAAAAAGAAUGCAAUAUUCUUUUAAUUAUUCUAGUACAAGGUUUUUGUCCCCCGAAAAUUAAAAUUACUCAAUUUCCUGGCAGAUUCCGUCUUAAUGCGGCAGCUUAGCUGUUUUGGCAUGCGAGCACCUAAGAAAAUGGCGAAAGAGUUCACGGCUAUAGAAAGACGAAAUAGCCGAAUUACGGACUAAAAAAUGAACGGAACGGAUGCAAGAAUAUAAUACGCAAAAACUUGAAAGUAUUGCUACAUUGAUGUCAACUCCUUGAGUAGUAUCUGUAAGGCAAAAACAUCUUUCGUAUUCUGAAACUGUGCCGAGAAACAGGCCUAUGUGUUAAAGACCGUCUACGAGGAGGUAAGAGGUAAGGACGAUAUGAAGAAUUAUGCAGGUCCGAGGCUACUAUCCACCUGAAUAACUCUUUAUAUAAUAUUCAGUCUCAUUCAGUAAUUACAGAGCGUCAUAAUGUCCCUGCUGACUCAGCACAUACACCUUGGUUGGUUGAUACAGCAAUGAAUGAAAACUUGUAGCGACUUUCCGUAAAGGUGGAUCGUCAAGUUGUAUUUGGCCAGGGAGUCACGGCUGUAAUGACAUAUUACUCAACAAUUGACAACUUCCUUGCGUUUUAAUUCAAAUAACCAGUCACAGCAUGUCAAGUCCCCUUUAAAGGCAGUGUGUCCAACACUAAAGAUUUUCUAGAAUACAGACUGCGUAAUAUCGAGAGUACAAGUAUUUAUAACUCUCCUUAUAAUCUUACAGUUAUUCAAACAAGGAUUAUGUUCCUGACAAAAGAGAACAAUUUAAGUUUGGAAAAUCUCAGCACAUGCCUCUCAAGGAAGCCGCUGCAAGACUCCGGGAACAUAUCCAGGGCGCGCAUUUUUUGGUAACUCAUUCCGGAGCACACGAUACAGAGUUUCUUGAGAGCUGUGGGGUCUCCGUGUCUGGGAAGCUCAUGUUCGACACUCAAGUGCUUUCUUUGGCGUUACUUCCUGACGGCCCAAAGGUGUACGGUCUGAAGAAGCUUUUGGAAGACUUGAAGAUUGAUUUUGACGAAGACGUUCUUCAUAAUGGCGGAAAUGACGCCUUCUAUACCCUGAAGGUUUUCCUUUCCCUUGUGGCAAAACUAGACUUAGCAUGA